AUGAGUCACAACCCCCCAAUUACAAAGGGGCCUGGCGCAAUUGACACACCACCUGCCGUGAAUGUGAAAAUUACCAUGGACGAUAUCCAGGAGGAAGUAGUAUUCUGGCGUACAGCAGUUGUAAGCUACGUCUUAGGCUCGAAUCCACCAUUAACUGUCAUAGAGGGUUACUUCAAACGUAUAUGGAAGGCGCUGGGUAUUGACAAAAUAGCGCAGGUGAACAGGGGUGUAUUUCUGGUAAGGUUUGGUUGUAUGGAGGAUCGGAACAAAGCAAUCGAUGCGGGGAUCCAAGUGUUCGAUCGUAAACCAAUAGUGGUGAAAGGGUGGGAACCUGAUGUUGAAAUGAACAAAACCGUGGUAGAGAAAGUCCCGGUGUGGGUUAGAUUGGAGGGGCUAGAACUCAAGUAUUGGGGACAAACUGCUCUCACGAAAAUUGCUAGUCUAAUUGGUAAGCCGCUGAAGAUUGAUAGUGCGACAAAUAUGAGGGAAAGGCUGAUGUAUGCAAGAAUAAUGGUGGAAGUGCCCCUGAACCAAACUUGCCCAGAUUUUGUGAUGUUUGAGAAUGAGAAAGGCCAAAUUAUGGAACAAGCAGUAACAUAUGAAUGGAGACCAGUAUUAUGUGCACAUUGCAAGAACUUUGGGCACACACAAGAAGUAUGCAGGAAAUGGAACAAGGACAUAGGGAAAGGGAAAUAG